UCCUUAUACGGCGUGGCCGCAAACGCCCAACGAACGCCGCAGACUGGCAUACAAAUUAGCAUAGCAUGCGCCACAAUACAAAUUAUUACAAAACCAUUUAAUCACACAGCUUAAUUACAUUUUAAUGAGCACGUCAAAAAAACUUUGACAACGUUUCUCAAUAUGUAAAGGUGAGAUAACCGCUGGGGGGUAAUGCUCACAAGAACACACAGAGCGCUGUGCCCAGGCUAGCUCCUCUUUAUCUUUGUAGCAGAGCGAUGAGAUAAAACAAUCCGCUAAUGCGGCGCUCCAUAUAGUUCAAGAGAGAAAAGAUGUAGUUCAGCUGUGCGCUCACCGAUUCACUUCUGAUUGCAUUUUCGCUCUCGCUGUCAGGAGACGAUGCUGCGGUCACUGCUGCUGUUGGUGCUCGCGGGGGCCGUUUCCGAGGCCGCGCUGCCUGACCUGCACGUCCCUUGCCCCGAAGGAUGUGCUUGCGAUUUGAGUGGCAUGCCGAGGAGAGUGGACUGCUCUGGAAGAAAUUUAACUGAAUUUCCACAAAAUCUGCACGUGUCUACGCAGUUUUUGGAUUUAUCAAACAAUUUGAUAACAUCACUUCCGCCUCGAUUAAGUCAUCUGGCACCACAGCUGGAAACGCUUAUCCUGAAAAACAAUUUGAUUCCCUUCGUUCCGGGAGAUACAUUCAGAGGGUUGCAAGAUCUGCGCAGCGUCGAUUUAUCCCAUAAUCAACUCAAUACUAGUCUCCCCAGCAAAUUAUUUGCUACAAACUCUCGCAUUUACGAUUUGAAACUGUCAAAUAAUCCAAAUUUAACACAGCUUGGAGACUUAGUUGGUGCGAAUUUUGAAAUUUUGGAUUUGAGUUUUUGCGGGUUUGUCUCGAUUUCCGGAAUAUCAUUUUCAAACCUGACUGCUCUUAGGUCACUGAACCUCUCUUUUAACCCAUUAAAAACAUUUCCUGAUAAACUUAACGUCCAAACCCUUCGGCAGCUUGACCUCAACUCUUGCAACCUGACCUCAAUUCCAGCAAAAUGUUUGGCAAAUCUGCCCAAUAUUCAGCACCUACAUAUUUCUGGAAACAAACAACUAGACCUACCACAAAAUCCCCCCUUGCAGUCCAAGGCUCUUUUGGAGCUGACCGCUGACCACUGCGAUAUAAAACUGUUGGCGCUCUCGCAACUUCCUUCGCUGACUCACGGCUACUUUAGUUGCAACAAAAUUACUGGCGUUCGGAAAGAAAAUUUUGCCAAAAAGUCGGCUUUACUCGAAAUUGACCUGAGCCACAAUUUAAUUCGCGAGCUUCCGCUUGAUUUGUUUGUUAACGCGAAACAUUUAGUUUCGGUUGAUCUUUCCAGCAACCGAAUUGAAUCAUUGCAACAUGACCUUUUUGCAUGCUGCGCCGAAAUGCAAUUUUUAAACUUGUCUCGAAACGACAUCACAAGUUUACCGAGUGUCCUGACCAUGCCAUCCGUAGUGGUUUUUGACCUCAGCCGGUGCCGUUUGCAAUCACUGCCGAGUGGCCCAAACUUUUUAAGCCGAAUGAGCCGCUUGGACACCCUUUAUUUAUCUCACAACGAAUUAAAAACCAUUCCCGCCUUAAAAAGCAACUCCCUUAAGCACCUGGACCUGAGUUACUGCCACUUGAAACAGGUUACGCAUGAAAAUUUUAAAAACCUUACAAAACUGCACAAAAUAAAUCUUUCAGGAAACAGAUUAACUAAUUUAAAUGCAAGCACCUUCAAAGAUAAUAAAAAUUUGGGCAGUUUGUAUUUGUACGACAACCCAUGGUUCUGCAACUGCACAGACCCUGAGUUCAUCAAGUUGUGGGAACUGACGGAACGUUUGUCCGAAACUGGAAGGAACACUUUGAAGUGCCAAGACCCUGAGAGCGUGAGUGGAAAAUUUUGGGAGGAUGCGUGCACCAUUUUAGUCCCUUCGGAGCCCACGACUUCCGCCAGAGACAACACGGUCCUGCUCACGGUCAUCCUGGUUGCAUGCCUCGGGACGAUAGUGGCCGCCGUGAUGUGCUCAAAAAAGGCGAUGGCCGCCGGAAGAAAAUCGAGCAGACGGCGGCGGGACAUCGUCCGAAAUCAGCCCGAGCGGGGCGAGAAUUCGGCGGACGAUGACUCGGACGAGGCCGUCUCGGUGCGAGUUCCUCGCACCAGGGUGCACAGUGCCGACACGCGGCAGUGCACGCCGUGCAACGAACGCCAAAAUCAAGUGCUGGCUCGCGCCGCGGCCGAGCAGCCACCCACUUACGAGGAAGCCGUACUGCUCUCCGCGUCCUCCGUUAGUGUGGCCAUCAUUGACCGUGUGGUGUCAAGGUCAUCGGAUGACUCGGACAGUGAGCAAAACGUGGAAGUGGAACGAAGUGUUAAUAACACUGAGGAAAGUGAGAGAGUGCCGCAAGUGAGCGAACUUUGAUAAAGAAAAUUUCUUUUUAAAAUAAUAUUGUGUUAUUUUCAAUAAAAGUUGAGAUGCACGAAUUUCAAAAAGUCACUCUUUAUUUGUACGAUGAUAUCAUACUGUAAAUUGUGCAUACACAAGUCCACUCAAAAUAGCCAUGGCGAAUAAAAGUGCAAACAAUAUUAUUUUGAUUAAUUCGUCUUACAUGUUUACUGAAUGUAGGCAACCAGCGCCACACCUGGCUCUCGCGGCUGCCUAAAUUAAAUUUGUGUGUUAUGCAAAACCCUUCUUGUGGUUGACUUGAUUAAAGUAUAAAGCGUAAAUUAGGUAAAAGUUUAAUACCAUUAAAAUGAACAUAAAAUAUAAGCGCUCAUUUAUAAAAUUUUGGUGUUAAGCACAAAUUUAAAGUUUAAAAUAUAUACAUAAUUAAUCACCACUGAAUUCAUUUUGAUGUAAAACAAGCUCAUUUCUUUGUCAUGUGAUCCAUAGCUUGACAAUAAAAAUUGUUAUUUUUAUAUAUUGAAUAUUUUGAGAAAUAUCAAUUCAA